CCCGAGAAACAACAUAAAAACAAACUCUCACUUUGUCCUAAAACGAGUGUUUUAUUUAUCAAUAUUUUUAGUUUUGGACUUUUUUUUAAUAUAAAAAUGUUUUAAUUAUUUACUUAAACUAACAAUGCAGUUAAUAAUCAUCAGAGCUUAAAGAUAACUGUAGUUCCGCUUCGGACGAAAGAAGAAAACAUGGCCGCGUCCUUCAGCUGCGGCGGGAAGCUGCUGAACGUCUUCGCUCGGUCCAGCUCGCUGUGCAGCAGAAGUCUCCACGUGACCGCCGCCUGCUGCAAGAAUCGAGCGGCUCGGGUCCGAGUGGGGAAAGGAGACAAGCCGCUGACCUACGAGCAGGCGCACCCGCCGCAUCAGAUCGCCCACCGCAAAGGAUGGCUGUCGCAGCACUGCAGUAACCUCAAAGGAGAAGAGGGGGCGGCCGACCGCACCGUGGAGGACAUCUUCCUCCGCAGGUUCAUGUUCGGGACCUUCCACGGCUGCCUGGCCAAUGAGAUCGUCAUCAAAAGGCGGGGCAACCUGCUGGUGAUCUGCGCGCUGAUGCUGCAGAAGCUCCCGCCGCAGAAGUUCUACUUCCUGAUUGGUUACUCCGAGUCGCUGCUGUCACACUUCUACAAAUGUCCCGUCAAGCUGGAGCUCCAGACUCUGCAGGAGAAGGCCGUGUACAAGUACCUGUGAUGGAACUGUGUGGUACUCGUGGGUACACAGCAGUACUACGACUCCUGCUGAGCUUCUGUGAAGAAACCAUCAUGGACACUGUAAAGAUAUGGAGGGCGGGGCCUGGAGAGUUCCACUUAUAUUUGAAAAUGUUCCUCAAAUUAACUAAAUGUCACAGAGUUUGGUGAAAAAAGAAAAGUGAAGCAUCACUUCCUGUUUGUUUUUGUUUGUUUUUAAAUAAACUUCUAGGGAGACGUUUAAAAAUCCUAAGAUUCACUGGUGUCUCCAUCCCAAAGAUUCUGAGCUGUCGCAGAAGUCCACAGAUACAUUUCUGAGGUGUUGCACUUUUCUCAAAACCAAGUAACUCUGAGCUGUUGUAGGUGUUAAAAAACACAGGGAUUGAGAGCUGUCACAGUAAUCUCAAACUUAAAGGUGUCACAAGUGUCAAAGUUUCAGAGCUGUCGCAGUUGUCUCUAAACCCGAAGAGUCUCAGCAGUCUCUUGUUUCAACA